GUCAAAUUGAGUAAACAGACAUUUACAUUUGGUUGGUAACGUUACAACUAAUUUGUUGUCGCACGGUGUUAACAUGGCUUGAAUUAAAUACAUUUCAUGCAUUUUGGUUGAUCCAUCUUCCCCUGGAUUUCGACAAGUUGUAAAAUAAAGACGGCCAAGGAAAGAGCGCGCGGGGAUAAUUGCGGGCUGUGCGUGUGACAUCACACAUAUCCAUUACUAGGUCCUUUCGGCAUUGCUCCGGUUUGUAUUUAGGGGGAUGGGGCCGUGCAGAGGAUGAUAGAGCUCUCAUGGUGUUGUACUUUAGUUCUUGGCUAAAUCCUUCCACUUCCUAACCGAGCCACCCGCAUUGUUUUAUAUAUAGUACCCAUUCACGUAUGUAUUUUGGCGACGUUUGACCGGAGAAAAGUGGAGUAUCCGUACGACCACGGUGCACUCUGAAAAACUACAAAAUGUAUUCCAGUGGAGCUGCUGGAGCUGCUGAGAUGCUUGAUCCACCUCACUCCUCGGGGUCAAUUGGCUCUGACCCCUCUGAUCCAGAUCCCCCGUCUCCCCCAGUGCCAGAGUAUGUGUUCAAACCCCCCUCGCGGCCAGACUUUGGCACCAUGGGCAGGACAAUCAAACUGCAGGCCAACUUCUUCGAGAUGGAGAUCCCCAAACUGGAGGUCUACCACUACGACAUUGACAUCAAGCCAGAGAAAUGCCCCAGAAGGGUCAACCGUGAAAUUGUGGAGCACAUGGUACAGCACUUUAAAACGCAGAUCUUUGGGGAUCGAAAGCCAGUGUAUGACGGGAGGAAGAAUCUCUACACAGCCAUGCCCUUACCUAUAGGCAGGGAAAAAGUGGAGCUGGAGGUGACCAUCCCAGGCGAGGGGAAAGACCGGAACUUCAAAGUGGCCAUAAAGUGGGUGUCCUGCGUCAGUCUGCAAGCUCUUCAAGAAGCCCUGUCUGGACGACUGCCAAACAUCCCCUUUGAGACCAUCCAGGCCCUGGACGUGGUCAUGAGACAUUUGCCCUCUAUGAGGUACACCCCCGUCGGACGUUCUUUCUUCACCCCUUCAGAGGGAUGCUCCAACCCCCUGGGCGGGGGCAGGGAGGUCUGGUUUGGGUUCCACCAAUCGGUUAGGCCUUCCCUGUGGAAGAUGAUGCUAAACAUUGACGUGUCGGCCACCGCCUUCUACAAGGCGCAGCCUGUGAUUGAGUUCAUGUGUGAGGUUUUGGAUUUCAAAAGUAUCGAAGAACAACAGAAACCCUUAACCGACUCCCAGAGAGUAAAGUUUACCAAGGAAAUCAAAGGUAAUCAUUCAUUACCAGGUCUGAAGGUUGAGAUCACUCACUGUGGUCAGAUGAAAAGGAAGUACAGAGUAUGUAAUGUGACGAGAAGACCAGCCAGUCACCAGACGUUUCCACUGCAGCAGGAGAAUGGCCAGACCAUAGAAUGCACAGUAGCGCAGUACUUCAAAGACAAGUACAAACUCAUACUGCGCUACCCCCACCUCCCCUGUCUACAGGUUGGACAGGAGCAGAAACACACCUACCUCCCCCUCGAGGUCUGUAACAUAGUGGCUGGCCAGCGGUGCAUCAAGAAGCUGACCGACAAUCAAACGUCCACUAUGAUCCGUGCCACAGCCCGAUCGGCACCAGACCGUCAGGAAGAGAUAAGCAAACUGAUGAGAAGUGCCAACUUUAACAAUGAUCCUUACGUGCGUGAGUUUGGGGUGAUGGUGAGGGAUGAGAUGACCGAGGUGAACGGCAGAGUCCUCCAGGCCCCAUCCAUCCUCUACGGAGGGCGGCAGAAUAAAGCAAUAGCAACUCCCAUCCAGGGAGUGUGGGACAUGAGGAACAAGCAGUUCCACACUGGCAUAGAGAUCAAGGUGUGGGCCAUCGCCUGCUUCGCCCCACAGAGACAGUGUACUGAACUCCUGCUCAAGGCGUUCACAGACCAGCUGCGUAAGAUCUCUCGCGACGCGGGGAUGCCCAUCCAGGGCCAACCCUGUUUCUGUAAGUACGCUCAGGGGGCGGACAGCGUGGAGCCCAUGUUCAAACACCUGAAGUACACCUACCAGGGCCUGCAGCUGGUGGUGGUCAUCCUGCCUGGGAAGACGCCCGUCUAUGCUGAGGUGAAGCGUGUUGGUGACACGGUGCUGGGCAUGGCCACCCAGUGUGUCCAGGUAAAGAAUGUUCAGAAAACCACUCCCCAGACCCUCUCUAACCUCUGCCUGAAGAUCAACGUCAAGCUGGGCGGGGUCAACAACAUCCUCCUCCCACAGGGCAGGCCCCUGGUGUUCCAGCAGCCAGUCAUCUUCCUGGGUGCUGAUGUCACUCACCCUCCUGCUGGAGAUGGGAAGAAACCCUCCAUCGCUGCAGUGGUGGGGAGCAUGGACGCCCACCCCAGCCGCUACUGUGCCACGGUGCGGGUGCAGCAGCAUCGCCAGGACAUCAUCCAGGACCUGGCCACAAUGGUCAGAGAGCUGCUCAUCCAGUUCUACAAGUCCACCCGCUUCAAGCCCACCCGGAUCAUCUACUACCGCGACGGCAUAUCUGAGGGCCAGUUCAACCAGGUUAGACUUGAGGUGCUCCAACAUGAGUUACUGGCGAUCCGUGAGGCCUGCAUCAAACUGGAGAAAGACUACCAGCCCGGUAUCACCUUCGUGGUGGUGCAGAAGAGACACCACACUCGACUGUUCUGCAUGGACAGAAACGAGAGGGUUGGUAAGAGUGGCAACAUCCCUGCAGGCACCACAGUGGACACCAAAAUCACUCACCCAUCGGAGUUUGACUUCUACCUGUGUAGCCACGCUGGCAUUCAGGGGACCAGCCGACCAUCCCAUUACCACGUGCUGUGGGACGACAACCAUUUCACCUCGGACGAGCUGCAGGUGCUAACCUACCAGCUGUGCCACACCUAUGUGCGCUGCACCCGCUCUGUGUCCAUCCCAGCACCAGCCUACUACGCCCACCUGGUGGCAUUCCGUGCCCGUUACCACCUGGUGGAUAAGGAGCAUGACAGUGCGGAGGGCAGUCACACGUCGGGACAGAGCAAUGGGCGUGACCAGCAGGCUUUGGCCAAGGCAGUUCAGAUCCACCAGGACACACUGCGCACUAUGUACUUCGCCUGAAGCACCAGGGGCGGACAUUGGUGAGACAGACCCAACAGGGAAGAAGCCUUCUCUCCUCCCACCUAACCCCCUUACUGUAUCAGGUGUGGGCGUUAAGUGGGUUUGUCGUUUUGUCUCUCCCCGCCAGUAAAGGGGAAUGAUACCAAACAAAUUAGGGAGGGUUUCUUUUCCAAAAUGUCCACAAUUAUUUUCAAACAUGCAUACAAAACCGCUUUCUCCCCCCCUUCCUGGCCUAACCCUGGUCAUUCUAAGGUAGUACUAUGUAAAAUGAUUACUCAGAAAUGGGUUGUGGUGGAGUGGACUCCUUUAUUUUACAUGUUGUACAUUUGUUUGUAUUUGUAAAUGUGGGGGGAGAUACAUUUGUAUUACUUUUCUUUACACUGACAGUUGGAAAUACUUGUAUCAUACUAAGGGGCAGUAUCAUCACACUUUGGUGUUUAGACACUAUACUGUUUUCUGACGGGGUCCCCAGGGUUGAAAGGAGGUGGGGAUAUCAAAGACGAGAACGGUCCGAUAGGUUUAUAAUCAUUCUUACUCUUCACAACCUUUAUUUAUCAGCCAAUCAAAGCAAAGUGCACUGACCAGGACUUAAGUACACAAGUACUUAACAUGUUGUCUUUUCAUUUGUAUGUACUAUGAAUUUAACAGGCUUGGAUACAGUACCAGCCUCAGAGUAUUUGUCCUCCAACACUGGUGACCAACAUGUUUUUAUGCUGCAUCUGAUGACCGCUAAGCAAGUAAUUUUUGUAUUAGAUUUUCAUUAGACUUUGAAACUGUUAACACUUAUUUUUUAUCAAGACUUAUACAAAUUAAUAAUAUGAAAUUGUAACGACAGCAAUUUUUGCUGUCUUGCCUUUUACUUGGACUGGGUUGUUUUGUCAAUCUAUGGCCAGUGUGGCCAGCGAAUAGAUUUACUAAUAGAAUGGGACUGGUUCCCAACAGACACCUUUUGUGUUCUCUGAGCCACAUUACAUGUGAAGACAUCUACAUUGGGGGGGGGUCAAGUCUCUUGAAAUGAAAUCUGUUGUCUCCUUUUAGUGUCCCCCUUUCAUGUAUCUAUUAUUUUAUGAAUUUGUACAUAGAUGACUUACACGUUCGAUUUAGGCAUUUGGAUAUGUUAACCCUAUCUAGUUUUCUUUAUGGUUUUAUGGCAGCGAAAUGGUUUUCUCCCUACUGGGGGGGGGGGGGGGGGGGUUGUAAUGCUGUCAUCUUGUAGUACAGUCGUUGAUGUAUGAAUCGGUAUAGUAGAGUGAAGCCUGUGAUGUCAGUGUCACACGUGUAGGGACUGGACUGAAGAUGAGGUGGGGUUCUAUUGGGGGACAAAUGUUCCAGAGACUGCUAGAUAUUUUCUCUUUGUUAUUCCUCUGUAAAAAAGGGAGCAAUUAUGCUAUUCCACUAGUCAAGCAAAGUUUUUUUUUUUUUUUUUUUUUUUUUUUUUUUUUUUUCAAGUAUUUUAAUUGUGGGCUUUGUAUCAUAGCCUCGUGGGAUAUAGGGUAUAUUUUGAAUACGCUUUUAGAAGAGAAUGCUAAAAUGAUGAUAAUAGAAGGAAUUUUUCAAAACGAUUGUCCGGUAUGUAGUUAUAAAGAAUAAAAAAAUAAAAAUAAAUUUUAUGCAGA